UCUUAAAGCCUUUUAAAUUUACGUGCAAAAUGGCUGCACAAGUCGAUUUGCUGCACGUCAAAGUAGAUGAGAAGAGCAGUGACAGCUUUGACCAAGCUACCAAAGAGAAGAAAAAGAAGAAAAAACGCGAAUGUUCGCCGUCCGACGACAAGCGCCAGAGAUCGGAGAAGGAAGCGAAGAAAAUAAAGCUACAUCACCACCAACAUGUCCAACAACGAGUGCAUCCACAGCAACAACAACAGAACAUUCAAGCUCGCAACUUCAACAGCAAAGAACAGGCACCUGUGCCACAUCGUCAUCAUCACCAUCACAACAUACACAGCUCCAAGAAGGAGUUACCUCCGGGAUGGCCGCUGCGGAAAGUGCCACCAGUAGCCCACGUUCCGCAGAAGACAUCUCUGCCUGCGGUCCUGCCUCCUUCGCCGCUGUUCACAUUCACGCCGCUCAAAAUAGCGAAGGCCAAGCCCCUCAAUAACAAACCAAAACACAUCGAGAAGGACGUGAAACUCAAGCCUAAGAAGGAAAAUACAGAGGCCAACGUUAAAGUGGGGGAAUCCAAGAAGAAGAAAGAAUCCCAUAGUGAGAAUGGCAAAACUCAGACACUGGAGGAAUACCUCCUUAAGAAAAAGAAAAAGAAGCGGCGGCAUCGCGAAGACGAGCGUGGUAAAAAGUUGCGCUUGCACAAUAAAGAGGUCCAGACGGUGUGUGGAGGAUUGACAGGAGACAAUCCUCCACCUUCUGAAGACCCCACUGUGCUUGCAUACCUCAAAGUUGAAGAGCUCUGUCACACAAGCCCCAAGUUAGGUGAGUACAACCCUUCCAAAGGUGUGGAGACUCCCUUUCUCACGCACCAAGACCACUUCAUUCGCAGCUCGUGGCUUCAGACCAACACCUCCUUCUGUAGACUCAUCCAUGAAGAAAAGCAGGCCAAUGGAGGGGCAUCGGUACUACACGCUUACGCAGAUGAACUGUCCUUACUGCGGCCAGGAGACAUUGAGAGAUUUGCCAAGGAGUUUCUGGAACUCGCAUUUGCUGAAAAGCCUAAAGGAGCGGCACGCUACGCACUUGCUGUGGUGCAUGGAGCAGCUGCUUACCUGCCUGAUUUCUUGGACUAUUUUGCCUUUAAUUUCCCCAAUACGCCAGUCAAAAUGGAGAUCCUUGGCAAGAAGGACAUAGAGACCACAACAAUCGCCAACUUCCACUCCCAGGUGAGUCGGACAUAUUGCUCUGGGACAUAUAGAGCUGGACCAAUGAGGCAGAUCAGUCUGGUGGGUGCAGUAGAUGAGGAGGUUGGCGAUUAUUUUCCAGAGUUCUUGGACAUGCUUGAGGAGUCUCCGUUUUUGAAGAUGACUUUGCCAUGGGGCAGUCUGUCUAGCUUAAAGCUAGACUGCAGGUCCCAGAGUGACGAUGGUCCCAUUUUGUGGGUGAGGCCUGGAGAGCAGAUGGUUCCCACAGCUGAUAUGCCCAAGUCUCCAUUCAAGAGGCGAAGAUCUAUGAAUGAGAUAAAGAACUUGCAUUACCUACCGAGAGCCAGUGAACCACGUGAGGUUCUCUUUGAGGACCGGACGAGAGCUCAUGCUGAUCACGUUGGCCAGAGCUUCGACUGGCAGAGCACUGCAGCUGUGGGCGUCCUGAAAGCAGUACAGUUUGGGGAAUGGAGUGACCGGCCACGGAUAACCAAAGAUGUGGUCUGUUUUCAUGCUGAGGACUUUAAUGAAGUGGUUCAGAGGCUUCAGCUGGACCUGUAUGAGCCACCUGUGUCACAGUGUGUUCAGUGGGUGGAUGAUGCCAAACUCAACCAGUUAAGGAGGGAAGGAAUCCGAUACGUUCGCAUGCAGCUCUGUGAUGACGAUAUCUACUUCAUCCCCCGCAACGUCAUCCACCAGUUCAAAACAGUCUCAGCCGUGUGCAGCCUCGCUUGGCACAUACGCCUAAAGCAGUACCACAACGACGAGGAGUCAGAGGAGGUUAAGACUAAAGACCUGUGCUCCACAACCUGUCUACCCCAAUAUUCCUUGUCCCCUGUUCACCCCGACACCAAAAUCACCCCCUGCGCUCAGCUACAAAUGGACCCCAUACAAAAUGGAGUUCCAAAAACAGAGGAACCGGUUUUCCAGAGGCCCUCAAUGCCAACUAGAGAGCCAUAUCCUUCCACUCCGCAGCCGGCUAAAUCCUCCCACACUCCCGCCACUGCUCUCUGUCCUGAGAUCAGCCCUCUCUCAGCACCCUACCCUCUGUCCUCACCCACACCAGAGCCAAUGCUUUUACAGGCUCCAGUCGAGCCUCCAACAGACUCCCGACUGAGUAGCAGUGGUUCCCAGUGCAGGUCCACAGAUUUCCUUAAAUGACUUCCGA